CGCCAUUGCCGUGUUUGACCUCAAAAGCUCUUGUUACGGCGUGGCUAGAGAGAGGAAACCGCAGAUUUUUUGUUUUUCUUUUCGUUUCAUUUCGUAUUUUUCCGUUUCGACUUUUAUAUAUAUAUAUAUAUAUUUAUAUUUCUAAAUCGCCAUUUCGCAUCACUGUCGUCUCGUGUUCGUUCUUCGCUCGGUUUUCCUGAUCUCCUCCUUCCCUGCGAUUUUCAUUCUCGAGGUUUCGAUUUUCGCUAGAAAGUUGCGUCCUUUUACCUCAGAGAUUUGAUCGGUUAUGCGACGGGAAAUUGCCGGUGAAAUUGGGUUAGUUCUUUGAUCGAGAAGAAGAGGAAGACGGAGAGAUGAGACGCGCGAACAACAACACUCGGGAUACCAUAAGCGCCGCUGCCACGGCGAUCGCUUCGGCUGAGAAUCGUGUGCCUCAGGCUUCGGUUCAGAAGAGAAGCUGGCGAAGCUGCUGGAGUAUAUACUGGUGUUUUGGGUAUCAGAAACAGAGCAAACGAAUUGGACAUGCUAUUCUUGUUCCGGAAACAUCUGCCUCUGGAGCUGAGGUUCCUGCAGCAGAAAAUCCAACUCAAGCACCUCCUGUAAUAUUUCCCUUUGUUGCACCUCCUUCCUCCCCAGCUUCUUUCCUUCAGUCUGAUCCCCCGUCUUGUACCCAAUCACCAGCGGGCUUACUCUCCCUCACCUCUAUAUCUGCCAGUAUGUACUCUCCUGGUCCUGCAUCCAUGUUCGCUAUUGGACCUUAUGCCCAUGAGACCCAGUUAGUCUCACCACCAGUCUUCUCCACCUUUACCACUGAGCCAUCUACUGCCCCUUUUACUCCACCUCCUGAGUCUGUCCAUUUGACUACACCUUCCUCUCCUGAAGUACCAUUUGCUCGGCUUCUUGAUCCCUAUCACCAAAAUGGUGAACCUGGUCAGCGAUAUGCUUUGGCCCAAUAUGAAUUUCAAUCUUAUCAGCUUUAUCCUGGAAGCCCUGUCAGCCACUUGAUCUCGCCCAGUUCAGGUACCUCAUCUCCUUUUCCUGAUCGUGAGUUUACUCCGGGUGGUCCUCAGUUCGUUCAGUUUCAAAUAGGUGACCCUCCCAAGCUCUUGUACCUUGACAAAAUGUCUGCCCAGGAAUGGGCAUCAAGGCAAGGAUCUGGUUCGUUGACCCCUGAUGCUGUGGGACCUAGACCCAGGGAUUGCAUUCUUCUGGAUCGAAAAAAUUCUGAUAUUGCACCACUUGCAAGUUCAUCUAAUGGAACCCGAGCUGAUGAGGCAGUAGUCGAUCAUAGAGUAUCUUUUGAGAUUACAGCUGAAGACGUUGUCAGAUGCAUGGCAAAGGAGCCAUCACUGGUCAAGUCUGGAGCACUGUCUGUAGACGUCUAUGCUGAUGGAAGAGAUGAAAAUUCAACCGACUCAGCCAACAAUAGGGAGGGCCAUCAUGGGGAAAUAUCCAAUGACGUGUCUGAGAAAGCUUCUGCAGAAACAGAGGAUGGACACCGUCCCCAGAGGCAUCGCUCUGUUUCUCUUGGAUCUGUCAAGGAAUUCAAUUUUGACAAUGCAGAUGGAGCGCACUCUGAUAAAGUUGCUAUUGGACCUGACUGGUGGGCUAAUGAGAAGAUGCUUGGGAAGGAGGGUAGCGCCUGUAACAACUGGUCCUUCUUUCCCAUGAUGCAGCCAGGUGUCAGCUAACUGGUGCCCUUUGAUGCUUACUAUUUGGCACCACAAAGGGUUUUGUGUCGAAGUCAUGAUGUCGUGAACCCGGCUUGUAGAUGUCACUCAACAAUCUUCAACUGGCACUGUUGCGAAUUGGGUGCUUCAAGCUGAGGAGAUGCCUUGCAGUAGCGACUUAUACUACAUGAAGGCUGUUUCCCAGCACCUCAUCUUCUGGAAAAGGAGACUGGAGAUGUUUGUUAGGGUUUUAGUAUGCAUGGUGCGUCGCUUUCUCUCUGUUCCAUUUUCUUUGCAUCCAUUUUUCUUGCCUUAGGUAUGGAAGGAUGCAUACGCUGCUAAUUGCAGUGGUGGGGAUACUUGUAGCUGUUCUUCCGGUUCUGUAAUAUAUAGGUAAUAGAUCAGAACAGUGGUCAAAAUGGUGCUGCUGAGAACAAUCUCUCUUUGCUAUCUGAAUGGUGUCAUUGUUAGGACU